UAUGGCGACAUCCGCAGUUCCUCACGGGUCUUUUCAGCAUCUUUAGCAACACGACACUUGUAAGGACCUAUCUUAAUGCGGAAAAAAAAAUUGGCUGUACUGGAUGGCUUCUAAAUAAAGAGGGUUUUGCUGCAGGAUGACAAUAUGGCCGCACCGCUGCUCGCACCCCCAGGCCCUGAUAGCUUUAAAAAGUUCACCAGGGAGUCUCUGGCCAACAUCGAGACGCGCAUUGCUGAGGAGAAGAAGAAGAAACCUGUCAAGCCCAGAUCUGACAGCAGUCAUCGCGACGACGAUGAGGACAGUGGGCCUAAGCCCAACAGUGACCUGGAGGCGGGAAAGAGCGUGCCCUUCAUCUACGGGGACGCUCCCUCGAAAAUGGUGGCAGUGCCUCUGGAGGACUUGGACCCUUUCUAUUUGAACAAAAAAACCUUUAUAGUGUUAAACAAAGGGAAAACAAUCUUUCGUUUUAGUGCCACACCAUCGUUGUAUAUCAUUAGCCCUUUUAGCCUGUUUAGACGAAUAGCUAUUAAAAUUUUGAUACAUUCAGUUUUCAGCAUGAUCAUUAUGUGUACCAUUUUAACCAACUGUGUGUUCAUGACAUUCAGCAAUCCCCCAGAAUGGUCCAAACAAGUAGAGUACAUGUUCACAGGGAUCUACACCUUUGAGUCCCUCACAAAGAUUGUAGCUCGAGGUUUUUGUAUAGACGGCUUUACAUUUCUCCGAGAUCCCUGGAACUGGCUGGACUUCAUGGUCAUCUCUAUGGCAUAUGUAACAGAGUUUGUGGACCUGGGGAAUGUGUCAGCCCUGAGAACCUUCAGGGUUCUACGAGCUCUCAAAACUAUUUCUGUCAUACCAGGACUGAAGACCAUUGUGGGGGCUCUGAUCCAGUCAGUAAAGAAGCUGUCCGAUGUGAUGAUUCUCACUGUCUUUUGUUUGAGUGUAUUUGCUCUUAUUGGCCUUCAGCUCUUUAUGGGCAAUCUUCGGCAAAAAUGUGUGAUCUGGCCCAUUAGCAAUGAGACAGUCACCUACCUGGCCAAUGGAAGCAAAGGCUUUGACUUCAGUGAAUACAUCAUGAAUGACACUAACUUCUACUUCCUACCUGGCAUGUUAGAUGCUUUGCUGUGUGGAAAUAGCUCUGAUUCUGGGCGCUGUCCAGAGGGUUACACCUGUAUGAAGGCAGGCCGCAAUCCAAACUAUGGGUACACCAGCUUCGACUCAUUCGGUUGGGCCUUUCUUGCUCUCUUUCGACUCAUGACACAAGACUUCUGGGAAAAUCUAUACCAGCUGACUUUACGAGCAGCGGGAAAGACCUACAUGAUCUUCUUUGUGCUGGUGAUCUUUGUGGGCUCCUUUUACUUGGUGAAUCUGAUCCUGGCUGUGGUUGCCAUGGCCUAUGAGGAGCAGAACCAGGCCACCAUUGAGGAGGCUCAGCGGAAGGAAGAUGAGUUUAAAGCCAUGCUGGAGCAGCUCAAAAAACAACAAGAGGAGGCACAGGCCCAGGCCAUGGCCACAUCAGCAGGGACAGUAUCAGAGGAUGCUGUGGAGGGUGAUGGAGGAGGACAUCUGUCCCGCAGCUCCUCAGAAGUGUCCAAGCUGAGCUCUAAGAGUGCCAAAGAGCGACGAAACAGAAAGAAAAAGUGGAAGAAGGAGCAGGAGAAGGAGAAAGGUGACACUGAGAAGGCGGUCAAAUCAGAGUCGGAUGAUGCCAGUAAGAGAAGUCGUUUCCGUUUUCCUGAUAACAGGCUUGGCAGGAAGGCCUCCAUUAUGAAUCAGUCUCUGCUGAGUAUACCCGGCUCACCCUUCAUGUCCCGCCAUAACAGUCGCAGCAGCAUCUUCAGCUUCAAAGGCCGUACCCGGGAUGUCGGCUCAGAAAAUGAGUUUGCGGAUGAUGAGCACAGCACAGUGGAAGAAAGUGAGGACCGUCGGGGCUCUCUGUUCAUCCCGUACAGGCGCAACAGCUACAGCGGCUACAGCCAGGGCUCAAUGCGCAUCAACCCACUGGCUCCUCACUCGGGCUGCAAGAAAAACAGCACGGUCGACUGCAAUGGCGUGGUGUCUCUGAUCGGACCCGGGCACGGCCGUCUUCUGCCUGAGGCCACCGAGGUAGAUAUGAAAAGAAAACACUCGGGCUCCCUGAUGGUGUCAGUGGACCAGCUUAACACGUCAUUUGGACGGAAAGAGCGUGCUAACAGUGUGAUGACCGUCAUCACUAAUACACUAGUGGAGGAACUGGAGGAGUCUCAGAGAAAGUGUCCACCAUGGUGGUACAAAUUUGCCAACGUAUUUCUGAUCUGGGAGUGUUGUCCACUUUGGCUGAAAAUUAAGGAAAUAGUAAAUUUAAUAGUGAUGGACCCAUUUGUGGAUUUAGCCAUUACAAUAUGUAUUGUGCUGAACACAGUCUUCAUGGCCAUGGAGCACUACCCUAUGACUGAACAAUUUGAACAUGUGCUGUCUGUGGGAAACUUGGUGUUUACCGGUAUCUUCACGACUGAGAUGGUUGCAAAGCUGGUAGCAAUGGACCCAUACUACUACUUUCAGGAGGGCUGGAACAUAUUUGAUGGCUUCAUUGUUAGCCUGAGUUUGGUGGAGUUGAUGCUAGCUGAUGUUGAAGGACUGUCAGUGCUCAGAUCCUUUAGAUUGUUAAGAGUUUUCAAACUGGCUAAGUCCUGGCCCACUCUAAACAUGUUGAUCAAGAUAAUUGGAAACUCAGUGGGCGCUCUGGGGAACCUGACACUGGUGCUGGCCAUCAUUGUCUUUAUCUUUGCUGUGGUGGGAAUGCAGCUGUUUGGUAAGAGCUACAAGGACUGUGUGUGUAAGAUCGCCGAAAGCUGUGAGCUACCACGCUGGCACAUGAACGACUUCUUUCACUCAUUCCUAAUCGUGUUCCGUGUGUUGUGUGGUGAAUGGAUUGAGACCAUGUGGGACUGCAUGGAGGUGGCCGACCAGACCAUGUGCCUGACUGUCUUUAUGAUGGUCAUGGUCAUCGGAAACUUGGUGGUGCUGAAUCUGUUUUUGGCCUUGCUGCUCAGCUCGUUCAGCGCUGAUAACCUGGCUGCCACUGACGAUGAUGGCGAGAUGAACAACCUGCAGAUCUCAGCCAUCCGGAUUAAGAAGGGCAUUGCUUGGGCUAAAGUCCAUGCGCGACUCCUGAUGGCACAAGUUCUAAAGAAGUCGCCUCUAGAGGAUGACGACAAGCCAUUGGAUGACAUGUACGAGAAGAAACUGAACCUCAUAGGAAACCACACAGGAGUGGACAUUAAAUGUGAACUUGACUUCGCUAAGAAUGGAAACGGUACGACCAGUGGCAUCGGCAGCAGUGUGGGAAAGUACAUCAUUGACGAGGAACGCAUGUCCUUCAUCCACAACCCAAACCUGACUGUGCGUGUUCCUAUCGCUGUUGGAGAGUCAGACUUUGAGAACCUGAACACAGAAGAUUUCAGCAGUGAGUCAGAUGUGGAGAACAGCAAAGAUCUGGAUGACACAAGUUCUUCUGAGGGCAGUACUAUAGAUAUAAAGCCUGAGGAGGAGGAGGUGGCUGUGGAGGUGGUGGAGGAAUAUCUAGAUCCAGAGGCCUGCUGGACUGAUGCCUGUGUAGCACGGUAUAAAUGCUGUGAUGUAUCCAUUACUGAGGGCUGGGGAAAGCACUGGUGGUACCUCAGAAAAACCUGCUACCUCAUUGUAGAACACAACUGGUUUGAGACUCUCAUCAUUUUCAUGAUUCUUCUCAGCUCUGGAGCUCUGGCAUUUGAGGAUGUUUACAUUGAACAGAGGAAAACCAUCCAGAUCAUUUUAGAAUAUGCAGAUCGAGUGUUCACCUAUAUCUUCAUCCUGGAGAUGUUGCUGAAAUGGGUAGCUUAUGGUUUUGUCAAAUAUUUCACCAAUGCCUGGUGCUGGCUGGACUUCUUCAUUGUGGAUGUGUCAAUAGUGAGCCUUAUAGCUAAUGCACUGGGAUACUCAGACUUGGGCCCUAUUAAGUCUCUGAGAACUUUGAGAGCCCUCAGGCCCCUGAGAGCUUUGUCCCGAUUUGAGGGCAUGAGGGUUGUGGUGAACGCUCUGGUCGGAGCUAUCCCCUCCAUCAUGAAUGUGUUGUUGGUGUGUUUGAUCUUCUGGCUCAUCUUUAGUAUUAUGGGGGUCAAUAUGUUUGCCGGAAAGUACUACUUUUGCUUCAAUGAGACAUCAGAGGAAUACUUCCAAAUCGAUGUGGUCAACAAUAGAACAGAAUGUUUUGCGCUCAUCAAUGCAAAUCACACUGAAGUUCGCUGGAAAAAUGUCAAGAUCAACUUUGAUAAUGUGGGUGCUGGGUACCUGGCACUCUUACAAGUGGCCACAUUCAAAGGCUGGAUGGACAUCAUGUAUGCAGCUGUGGAUUCUAGAAAGGUUGAAGACCAACCUCAAUAUGAAAUCAACAUCUACAUGUACAUAUAUUUUGUCAUCUUCAUCAUCUUUGGCUCCUUCUUUACACUUAAUCUCUUCAUUGGUGUUAUCAUUGACAACUUCAACCAACAAAAGAAAAAGUUUGGAGGCCAGGAUAUCUUCAUGACAGAAGAACAAAAGAAGUACUACAAUGCUAUGAAGAAACUGGGCUCAAAGAAACCCCAGAAGCCCAUUCCUAGACCUCAGAACAUCAUCCAGGGAAUGGUGUUCGACUUUGUCACACAACAAGCUUUUGACAUAUCAAUCAUGAUCCUAAUCUGUCUUAAUAUGGUCACUAUGAUGGUGGAAACAGAUGACCAAUCAGACGAGACAGAAAAUAUUCUUUACUGGGUGAACUUUGUCUUUAUUGUGGUCUUUACUGGGGAGUUUGUGCUUAAGCUCUUUGCACUACGACAUUACUACUUCACUAAUGGCUGGAACAUCUUCGACUGUGUUGUGGUGAUUCUGUCAAUUGUGGGUAUGUUCCUGGCAGACCUGAUCGAGAAGUACUUUGUGUCACCUACUCUGUUCAGGGUGAUCCGUCUGGCUCGAAUCGGACGUAUUCUGCGUUUAAUCAAGGGGGCCAAGGGUAUCCGGACUUUACUGUUUGCCUUGAUGAUGUCACUUCCUGCAUUGUUCAACAUUGGUCUAUUGCUUUUUCUGGUCAUGUUCAUCUUCUCUAUAUUUGGCAUGUCCAAUUUUGCAUACGUGAAAAGGGAGCUUGGCAUCGAUGACUUGUACAACUUCGAAACCUUCGGUAACAGUAUGAUAAUCUUGUUCAUGAUCACCACUUCAGCAGGUUGGGAUGGCUUGCUUGCGCCCAUCCUCAACUACCCUCCUGACUGCAAGCCUGAAAUGGAAAACCCAGGAACUACAGUAAGGGGGAACUGUGGUAACCCUUCUGUGGGAAUCUUCUUCUUUGUUAUGUACAUUAUUGUAUCCUUCCUGAUUGUGGUAAAUAUGUACAUUGCUAUUAUCUUGGAGAACUUCAGCGUGGCCACAGAGGAGAGCGCUGAUCCAUUGUGUGAGGAUGACUUUGAGUCGUUUUAUGAGAUCUGGGAAAAGUUUGACCCAGACGCAUGUCAGUUUAUCACCUUUGCCAAGUUGCCUGACUUUGCUGACACACUGGAGCACCCGCUACGCGUGCCUAAGCCCAAUAUCAUUGAACUGAUUGCCAUGGACCUACCCAUGGUCAGUGGUGAUCGUAUCCACUGUUUGGACAUCCUUUUUGCCUUUACCAAGCGGGUACUGGGUGACAGCGGAGAUCUGGACAUGAUGCGCCAGCAGAUGGAGGAGCGCUUUGUGGCAGCAAAUCCUUCCAAAGUGUCAUAUGAACCCAUCACCACCACACUGCGCCGGAAGCAGGAAGAGGUCUCAGCCUUGCUGAUUCAGAGAGCCUACCGUGCCCAUCUUGCACGCCGGGGCUUUGUGUGCAAACGCCGGCCUGCCAACAACAAGCUAGAAAAUGGAGGGACAAAUCAGGAGAAGAAAGAGGGUACACCCUCUACCGCAUCUCUGCCAUCCUACAACAGCGUGACCAAGCCUGAGAAGGAGAAGCAGGAUGACAACAAUGACGAAAAAGGUCGCAAGGAGAGGGGCCGAAAACAAAAAGCCGUCAGGGAAUCCAAGUGCUGAGGCUGCAGCAGUGAAACACAUGAACACUAACAGUCAUAGUAUAUAAAUAACAAACUGCAACUUUUAGCAAAACAAGUGGAAACCCUCAAUCAAAUUACACAGAUGUACAGAUUUCAUUUGCAAGUAAGAAAUGAUAUAAAAAAAAAUGCAAGAAUUAGAAAAAAAUAUGUUUACAAACUUCACAGGUGUAUGGAAACCGUGGGGUUUCCUCAAGCUUGACUUAAACCAAACAUAAUCAGCUUCCUGUGUGACACUGUUGCAUCAAAACUUGAAAAUGUAAAAAAAAAAAAAAUCAGAUAAGUAUUUCACAAAGGGUCGAUACUUGAUUUUGUGUAUUAGAGGGCUAUACUGCACUUCAGGCUGGAACUCAUUACUCCUGUGAGUAUUUGCAG